AUGUCAACAUAUAUUAAAGGUCCAAUAUGUGGGGUAGCAAAUUGUCCAUCUCGCCUAUGGAGAAUUAUCGACGGUAGAAGGACCUGUCAAUAUGGACAUGUUAUGGAUGGUGAUGUUGAAUUUAAUAAUGAGGAUGACGAUAUUGCGAACUCUGGUGUAAUCACAAGAAGACUGAACCUUACGACAAAUGCUACCGGCAGCUUUCAAUCAAGUUUCAAUUUGUCACAGUCUCAACAUUUACACAACUCUGACAGAAGUAAAAAAGUCUAUGGUUAUGAGGCACAUGUUUUAUUUCUUAAAGCAUUUCAAUACAUUCUCAAAAGGCAGGUUGACUUCCUGGUCCAGCAUCUUGAUUUUCCGAAUGAAUUUGAGAAUGUCGUCAAAAUUAUUUGGGGAAUGUACCUAAAAUUGUUGAGUGAGCAAGAUGACGGCAACAGUAAUGAAUUAGAGUCGACAGUGCGAGGUCACUUUAAAUUGAACAGUUUAGCAUCUCUUGCCAUGAUGUACAUGGCGUCUGUGCAUAUGGGGCUACCUGUAUAUAUUAGAGAUUUCAUUAGGUGGCUAUCAUCUGCAAAAGUAUCAUUUUUCAAUGCUACCGAAUUGUUACCAGAAACAUGGCGAGAAAAGUUACCAAACUAUUAUUUAGCAUUAUUGGAAGGCGGUAAAGUUCCUCACGAUGGACAGCUCUUCCAGAAAAUCUCUCAGUUAUGUUCGAUGACUGAUUUCACUGCGAGACUCAACUGCCAACUGACAUACGAGCCUCUUAUCUUCAAGCUGGUCACCCACAUGGUAUUGCCACCGGAGUUUUACAUGUUCACACUUGAGCUCAUCCAAACGAUGGAUGAAGAUGAGAAUUUCCGGCUGUCUGGCAAUUACAAGAGAAAAUUCAGAAAAUAUUAUUUAUGGGCAGAACUCAGAGUGGUAGCCUAUUUCGUUUUAACGGUUAGAUGGGUAUUAUUAUGUGAUUUAAAGAGUUAUCCAUUGCCCUGGAUUCAAGCUGUUAUGAAAUUUCCCAGAGAAUUAGAAAGCAGUGAGGAGACCAAAGAUGUACAUGCAGCAUACUUGUCAGCCCAAGCUGAUACGAAGGAUAUUACCGAAUGGGAUACUACUCGAACCUCGGCAUACUUGGAAUGGGUUGAGAAAAGACUGCUGCCCAUGCAGAAGAACGAAAUGAAUACAAAGAUCGAUCACAAGAUCGCAAUGAGGAAGCUGCACAAGAUUUUCCCCAUGGAUUCAGAGACGUAUCGCCUCGAACCCGGUAACAGAAGUCCUUCUUAUAUAGAGGAACUCCAAGAAAAGUAUAAUUAUUUCCACACCUCGGUGGAAAAUAGCUGCGCCAAUCCCAACUCAUUUCAAGAAGAUCCGAAUGAGAGGAUUCUGUGCAUUCAUAAACUUGAACAGACACUGAUUCAUCAAUUGUCACUUGAAUACGGAUGCUCAAUUGAACAGUUACGCGUAACAAUUGAUCAUGUUGAAAACAAUUGCAGAAUGAGAAGUGAGGAGUUCGAUUAA